AUAGAGGAAGUUUAGUUUAAACAAUGCUGAACCUGACUCUUCUUAUACUUCUUAGUAUUCUAUCAACAAUUUAUUGUGAAAACUGUGCAAAACAAAAUCUACCUCACAAAGCUGGAUUAGGGUGGAAAUGUGCCCAAGCUGGAAAUGAAAUCAUACUGGGUCAAAAAUGCCGAUUAACUUGUGGUGACGGUGAACCUCUAGAGGAAACUAUAGAGUCUACGUGUACACCCUUGGGUUGGACAGACGUAGCUUUUCCAGAAGCAGCGGAGUGUAGAAGCAGCAAUGCUUGCUUCAAUGUAUUAAAAGAUCAAGUUUAUAACGGGCAUUGGACUUGCACAGAUCAAUUAUCUAAGAAAUGCAAAUACCCAAAACCAGGUUCAACCUGUAAGCUUGACUGUGAUCCUGGAUAUCAUCACAGUGUGGGUAAAUUAAGUGUGUGUACGGAGAAAGGAUGGAUACCUCCAGUAGAUCAAUUUAGAUGUUUACACUGUCCUCCACCCAUGAAACCACAGAAUGGAGAAUGGAGGUGUGAGAUGAGCCGAAGUGUCAAUAAAACAUUUUGUUUUGUAAAUUGCAGAAAAGGAUUCAGGUUUAAGGGCGACGAAAUUAUUGAAUGUGAUGGAAACGAAUUUAAACCUUCUCCUGAGAAAACGACUUGUGUUCCAAUACCAUCAGCAGCAUUGUCCGAGUAUGGAGUUGAUUACUAUAGUUCCGAUGAAGCAGAUUGUCAACCCCUUGCUUCUCCAGAUUUUGGAAGUUUUGAGUGCACCGGAGACACUUGUAGAUUGGUCUGUGAUGAGGGUUAUAGUACUCCAGCUGUAGCUUCUGCAGUUUGCGUAAACGGAACAUGGUGUACCACUGAUAUUGCUGUUGGAUGCAGAAAACAAGGAUAGAUGACAAAUCUUGAAAACAGACGAAAAAAGAUGUGUUUUUACCAUUAAAUAAAUAAGAGAAAAUUUGAA